CGUCAGUCAAGCCUCAACUUCCGGGUGUUGAGACGUAACGUUGCAAAACAGACAUCCAUUCCUCCCCACGCAUACCUUGACCGCAGCGGACAACCCCACUACAAAACUUGAACUACAUCACUUUUGAAAAAUGAUGAUGUCAGAGGUCGUACAGGUGCUACGGGGUGCAAGUAAAGUAGGAUCUGCACUGAUCGCCACCCAAGGGGAACAGCUUCGAUUUAUUGCCUGUAACUCCUCACUGGGAGCAGGGGUUAAAGUUGCCCAGGAAGCUGCAAAAGGGCUGGUGGGCGCCUUCAUGGGGGGCAGCAACGGACAACAGUCAGUUAAGGAGGAUGUGUAUCCUGAUGCUGAAGGCUGGGAAAAUAUGGAGGUCGAUGAAGCUGCCAAAUGGGCUGCAGCUUCAGAGUUCCCUCCUGGAGCUGAAAACCAAACACAGACGGAAGCCACAGGUGUGCAUUCUGGCUCCGGGGCGUCUUCAGCAGACCGAGGAUGGCCAGGCCAGGACACGCGUUUCCUCCACACGUCUCCCCCACUACAGCCAUUCUUUCACCAAACCAGAUGUGUACAUGACACAGUGGUGACCAGACUGACCCCGGAAGAUAUCAAGAAGGCCAGGGAGGCUAAGCAGGCCUUGGUUAAACCUGUUCGUCAGAAGCUGAGUGACCGUGCCAGAGAGAGGAAGGUUCCUUCAACGAGAAUCAGCAGGCUGGUUAAUUUUGGAGGCCUGGCAGUGGGCCUGGGAAUUGGUGCCAUCGCUGAAGUAGCAAAGCAGUCACUGGGAGGCAAACAAAAAGGAGAUAAGAGUGCCUUGCUGGACUCUCCCCUCUUGUCAGAAGCCAAUGCAGAGAGGAUUGUCAGCACAUUGUGUAAAGUCCGUGGGGCUGCACUAAAGAUCGGACAGAUGCUCAGCAUACAAGACAACUCCUUCAUCAACCCCCAGCUGCAGAAGAUCUUCGAGAGGGUCCGACAGAGCGCAGAUUUUAUGCCAACCUGGCAAAUGACUAAAGUAUUAGAGCAAGACCUGGGACCAGGCUGGAGAGACAAGCUGUCGUCCUUUGAGGACAAACCGUUUGCCGCGGCUUCCAUUGGCCAGGUACAUCUUGGGGUUUUGAAAGAUGGCAGAGAAAUUGCCAUGAAGAUCCAGUACCCUGGAGUGGCAGAAAGUAUCCACAGUGACAUAAACAACCUGAUGUCUGUACUGAAGAUGAGUGCUGUUCUACCAGAAGGCCUCUUUGCAGACAGCAGCUUGGAGGUUCUUCAGAGAGAGUUAGAAUGGGAGUGCAACUAUGAGAGAGAAGCCGAGUGUGCCAAGAAAUUCCGGUUACUGCUGGAGGGAGACCAGUUUUUCCAGGUUCCUGAGGUGGUGGACGAGUUGUCGGGACGCAGAGUGUUAGCAAUGGAGCUUGUCCAGGGAGUUCCGUUAGACCGCUGUGUGGACUUGGACCAGGACACCAGGAACCAGAUCUGCUUCAACAUCUUGCAGUUGUGUCUUAGGGAGCUCUUUGAGUUCAGGUUCAUGCAGACUGAUCCGAACUGGGCCAACUUCUUCUACAACUCCGAAACAAACAAGGUGAUUCUUUUAGAUUUUGGAGCGUGCAGAAGCUACCCUGAAUCGUUCACAAAUGACUACAUAGAGGUGGUGCACGCAGCAUCCAUUGGUGACCGAGGCACCGUUCUUGCCAAAUCCAAAGAGCUGAAGUUCCUGACAGGGUUUGAGACCAAGGCCUUCACGGACGCUCACGUGGAGGCUGUGAUGAUCCUCGGGGAAGCUUUCGCAUCUCCUGAGCCGUUCGACUUCGGCACCCAGAGCACGACGCAGCGCAUCCAAAGCCUGGUCCCUGUAAUGCUGCGGCACCGCCUCACCCCGCCGCCCGAGGAGAGUUACUCGCUGCACCGCAAGAUGGCCGGCUCCUUCCUCAUCUGCUCCAAACUAAACGCCAGCAUUGCGUGCAGGGACAUGUUUCUGGACGUGUACAACGCCUACCACCAGAGGAGACGCGGCCAGCAGGCAGCACAGUCCAACGCUUAGGGCAUCUUAUCAGGAAAACUCAGUUUUUAAUCUUGUUCCACCAAGCAUUCACGACUGUACACCAACAUACUGUAAAUACUAACGUAAGCCUAUGUUGGUGAUGCAGGCUGAAACUGAGACAGGAUGGACAUAUUAGCAUUUAAUACAGUGGGGCAAAAAGUAUUUAGUCAGCCACCGAUUGUGCAAGUUCUCCCACUUGAAAUGAUGACAGAGGUCUGUCAUUUUCAUCUUAAGUACACUUCAGCUGUGAGAG